AGGAGAAUGGGGGCGGGUGGAACCUCGGGCCGGUGAGGAGCAGCAGCCGCCGCCGCCGUAGUUGUCCGUCGUUGCUGCCGCUGCUGCUGCUGCCGCUGCCGCUGUCGUCUCCUCCUCCUCGGUCACCGGCUGCAGCCGCUGCCUCCCUUCCCUGCUCCGGGUCCCCCGUCCUCCCGUACCCGUCCCGUCCAGUGCCCGACGAUCCCGCCCUCUUCCCCCCCACCCCCGGGAGAGUAGGAGUCGGAGGCCGGGGGUGGGUGGUGUGCAGCCGCGGGUCCUGCGGUGGUGGUGACAGUUAGACCGCUUCGCCGGGCUCUUCCCCUCCGCGCCCCCAGAUAUCCCGGUCCCGGCCCCCGCCCUCUCCCUCCCGGUGCCCCUCGGCCAGGAUGAACCGGAGCAGCAGCAGCAGCACCCCUGCCACCGCCGCCGCCGACUACCUGCUCUGCACCAACUGCCGGAAAGUGCUGCGGAAGGAGAAAAGAAUCAGAGUAUCCCAGCCUUCGACAAGAGGACCAAGUGCCUUUAUACCAGAGAAGGAGGUUGUCCAAGCAAAUACAGUGGAUGAACGUACUAACCUCCUUGUGGAAGAAUAUUCUACUUCUGGGCGCCUGGACAACAUUACUCAGGUCAUGAGUUUACAUGCUCAGUACCUAGAGUCUUUUUUGCGCAGCCAAUUUUAUAUGCUGCGUAUGGAUGGUCCCCUUCCUUUACCAUAUCGACACUACAUUGCUAUAAUGGCUGCAGCUAGACACCAGUGUUCUUACCUAAUAAACAUGCAUGUGGAUGAGUUUCUGAAGACUGGAGGUAUUGCAGAGUGGUUAAAUGGUUUGGAAUAUGUGCCACAAAGACUGAAAAAUCUCAAUGAAAUAAAUAAGCUGCUAGCACACCGACCCUGGCUGAUCACAAAAGACCACAUUCAGAAACUCGUCAAAACUGGAGAGAAUAAUUGGUCUUUGCCUGAACUAGUACAUGCUGUGGUCCUGUUGGCACAUUAUCAUGCCUUGGCUAGCUUUGUUUUUGGUAGUGGCAUUAAUCCAGAGAGAGAUCCAGAUACUUCCAAUGGAUUCAGACUAAUAUCAGUCAACAACUUCUGUGUCUGUGAUCUUGCCAAUGACAACAACAUAGAAAAUGCAUCCCUCAGCAGCAACUUUGGGAUUGUGGAUUCUCUAAGUGAGCUAGAGGCCCUAAUGGAAAGAAUGAAGAGGCUUCAAGAAGAUAGGGAAGAUGAGGAAGCUUCCCAAGAAGAAAUGACUACUCGUUUUGAGAAGGAGAAGAAAGAAAGUCUUUUUGUUGUUUCUAGAGCUUUUGAUGACGAUAUAGUUUCAACAUCUGAUGUCUCCAGAUAUAUUGAAGACCCUGGUUUUGGAUACAAAGACUUUGCUAGACGAGGAGAAGAGCAUUUGCCAACAUUCCGAGCUCAGGACUAUACCUGGGAAAAUCAUGGGUUCUCCCUGGUUAACAGGCUUUACUCUGAUAUUGGUCAUCUUCUUGAUGAAAAGUUCAGGAUGGUCUACAAUCUCACUUACAAUACUAUGGCCACACAUGAGGAUGUGGAUACAACCAUGCUGCGAAGAGCUUUAUUUAACUAUGUUCAUUGUAUGUUUGGAAUCAGGUAUGAUGAUUAUGAUUAUGGAGAAGUUAAUCAGCUACUUGAACGAAGCCUGAAGGUUUACAUUAAGACAGUGACCUGCUAUCCUGAGAGAACUACCAAGCGCAUGUAUGAUAGUUAUUGGCGUCAGUUCAAACAUUCAGAAAAGGUUCAUGUAAAUCUGCUCUUAAUGGAAGCCCGCAUGCAAGCUGAACUUCUGUAUGCUCUUCGUGCUAUAACUCGUCACUUGACCUGAAGCAUCAUUGCAGAGAAAGCGCCACGUCAUGGAUGUGUGAAAGACCUUUUCACAGAAGAUACGCACCAGAAGCUGCUUGUGAUGUAGCAUCAAAAAAUGAUUCAAUUCUCUAGUGUCCAAGUUUAGCCGUGUUUUUUGUUUUGCGGCUGUCAUGUGCAAUGAUGUGUUUUAUUUUUCUUGAUGCUUAACAUUACUAACGAUAGCAAACAUAACACUGAGGAGCGCUACUUCACAUUGUUUCUAGUUGGAUUUUUUUUUUGAUAAUGGUUACAAAUCAUGAACCUGCUUUGUUAAAGCUUAACUUCAGUGCUUUGAGGUGUGUGUGUGUGUUGUGUUUUUGUUUUCUUCGAGUAUAGGAGAAGCGCUUAUGUUCUGUUGAAGCCAUCAUUGUUCAGGUUAUUGGAAUGAAUCCAGCUAGGAAUGUCCCCAUCUGGCCAUUCUCAGAUCCUAAUGCUGUGUCCUAAGGCUAGCAGAGGAAAAGCAUGCGCUAGGGAGCCGAGCUGCUGCUCGCUGGGUGCUCCUUUGUCUCCAGGAGAUUAUUUGUCAGGCACUGGUUUUUCUACAGCUAUUGGCGAUAUCGUGAAAUGUGAUGCAACCAUUGUCCACAGUUUAAUGUGAAAUUAAUCAUGAUGAAUUCUCUAGCAUGCUACUGAAAUGCCAAAUUCAGCCAUUUUCCUUUCUUUUGUGCAACAGAAGUUUUAGUUCUCCAUUUCAGAUGUACAUAUUAAAAUGGAAUUAUGCACAAUCCUUUCUAUCACUGACAGUGACCCUCAGUCUUCUGAAGGCAAGAGUGCUUGCUUACAGUGCUGCUUACAGUGCACUUAGUGGGCACCUGUAAACUUUCAUACACACAAGACUGACCAAAAAUUUUUUUCUUUGCACAUUUUUCCUUUCUCAUACUGCUUUUCUCUAUUUUGAAAAGCAAAGGAAGGCUAAUAUAUUUUCCUGUUAGGUCUUUAGGAAUUAUUUCCCAUAAUUUUCAUUCAUUUAAUAAGUUGAACAGUUUAUUCAAAGGUAAAAAUUGUGUUUCUAUGCAUUAAUGUGAGUGAACAAAAAAGAAAGUGCAAUAUUUUUUUUAAUUGAAACCACCAACUUUCCCCCUAUUAUAAUGUCACUGCAAAAGUGUCCUUCUAAGUAUAGCCAUAAAGAAAUUUUUAGUCAAAUUUCUUUAUUGCACAAGGCUUAACUUUUCUGUUUUACUUUACUGGAGUUGAACAAUCUGCUCUUUAAAUGCCAAAGCAUCCCCUUCCCCAGAAAAAAGCUCUUUAGACAACGGAGAAUAUCCAAGUGGGGGGAAGUUAGCUGCCAAAAAAGUCAUCUUUUAGCAUUUGGUUUUUGUUGCUUGACUAGACUAUCUUCAGAGAGCACAAAAUUUUCUGUGUUUAUAGCUUUACUUUGUGUUGUGUUGAUGAACCAGUGAAGUGCCUAAAGAGAUGCUUACACCUAUCCAGUAGGACACAACCACACUGCUUAAGUGUUUUUAGGUUAAAGGUGACUUAAUUUUUUUCACAUACAAACUUUCUAAAAGAAUUUUCAGUUUUUCAUGGAAAAUAUGUGGAAACCCAGAUUAUCCAUGGAGAUUUCAUUUCAGAUGAUUUUCAUUUUGGUCAUCUUUAAGUAGGACUAAUUUUUUUCCAUGCAAUAAACAUUGAUCCUAAAGUUACUAAAACCAGUUAUCCCCCUUCCAUUUCAUUAUCCCUUUGCUGUGACAAGAUGUUAGAUUGUUUUGUUUUGGUUUUUUUAGUUCCAGAUAAGAAAAUGAAAAAAAUGAUUGUAAAUGUAAUAUAAGAUCUGCAUUUGGGGAUUGCAGAAUUUUGCUUGAAAUCCUCCUUGUGAGGAAACAAAUCAUAAAUUUUUAUGAAGACAGGGUGGUUUAUUUAAAGAGAUUAUUCAAAGAACUGCAUACCAGAAUCUCUUCUGUGUUUUUUUAUUACAUAGGCUAUAUUUUGACAUUAUUCAUUAUCACAUACAUAAAUAUACAUACACAUAUACACAAUUAACAACUACGUUAUUCAGGAGAAUGGCAAGAGGCAGAUGACGACCACAUAAAUGUCAGUUUGACUUAGCAAUGUAGAUGCUUCAAAGUUGAGGAUACCUAGUACUCUUGAUAUUUUUUUAAAUGAAGUUCCUUCAGUUGGUAGCCCCACUUUUGUUGCAGAUAAACUGUACUGUAGUAUAAAAAUAUUUACUUCAAAGACGUGAAGGGAGGAGUUCUCACAGAUCAUCAGAGGAGCUUUUAGAAAACAAGGUGUGAAACAAGGUUUAGGUAACUAAUAUAACCACUUAAAGAUAGUUUUCUUUCCUGAAACUGAAGCAUCUGGAGUUUGGAAUAUGGAAAUAUUAGUGCCUUUAUUGGAUCUCUUAUCUGGCAGAGUUUCCUUUGAGCUCAGCAUUCAUCUUGUCAGUGAUGGGGAAAGUAGACGUGGAAUUAUUAAUAGAAAAUAAAACUAUUUCUUUGUGAACCUCAAAGUGAAUCAGCCUCGAGAAAUUGAUUUCUGAAGGUGCUGAUGCACCUUCUACAAUGCAACAUGCACAGCAUUCCAAGUGAUGAAUGCCAUAUUAAAUUACGAGUUUGCUGUUACCUUUCUGCAUAUAUUGCAAACUUGAAAUUCUGAUGCGGUUUUCCAGGGUGGUAUUUUUUCAGAGUAUUGAAUUUACUAUGUAAUGAUUUAUAGUAUAGCUUUUAUACUCAAAUGUAAUAUUUUUAAAAUAGACAUUUGUUCAGAAUAGGUGUAAAGUUACGAUUAUACCAUAUGCUUACCUACACCUUGGGCUCACAUUGUGCCAAACUUAAAUGUGCAAAUGUAAGUUUAAAAAAAAAUACUCGUGUGAAUGUGAAUCCUUCAAUUUUGUUGUUUAUGUUCUGAAAUUUCAUUUUAACAGUCCCUUGCUCAGCUAUCCCAGUUUGCCCCAAUAAAAUCUUAAGUCAAAGACCCUCAGCUGAUAGGCAGACAGAGUGCUUAGAUGAAGGAACUAGGCAGAUACAAGAGAAUCUUCCAAUCAGACAGACCUUGAAUUAAUUAAUAAAAUAAUUAGGAGAAAAGAUGAUGUCUUUAAGAGAGAACUACUUGUUAACUACACCUCUUUGAAUUAAGUUCAUAGCCAUCACCCCUUAAAGGAUCACAGCUACAUCUUGUGAUACUUUAUGAGGCUCAAAGACAAUUAGGAUGGAAUCUUGUGGGGGGGGGAAGCCAUUUGCCUUUCAUUAUAUCUUUAGAAUGCCAAAGCAUAAUUGAACAACAUAAGGUUGUAGCUUAGGCUUAGUUAUAUCCCCUCAUUUUAUUUUUAAAAAUUGUUUCCUACAAGAGUUAACGUUUGAAAUGUAUUAAAAAGCCAAUUAGCAUUGUCCCAUAACCACGUUUUUCUUUCACAUGAUAGGCAAUUUUUCUCUGACAAAAUCUUCUUUUUAUCUGCCUCAGUAAAAUAAAACUAUUAAUGAACGUAAUUGAAAAUGACAGAGUUGGUCACCAUUUUGAGGCAGUCUGCAUGCAUAUAAAAUAGUAACAUUUUAUUAAAGCUUUAAGGACACAUCAAUAGGAAAAAAGAUUAAAUUUCAGUGCAUGUUGUAGAAGUGAUUUUGCACUCUGGUGGUAAGAUGAGCUUAUUUUGUUUAAAAGAAAAACUGUAAAGCAUUAUUUCUCUGGAAAAGCAAGACCUUAAACUCCUCUCUAUCAAAUAGGACUUUUUAAUUUCUUAUGCAAAUGAUAUGGUCUUGCAAGAGUAAAAAGUAUGCAACAGGAAAAUAAUGUAAAUGAUAUAAAUAGAGUACUUUUAUAGAUACAGUUUAAGCCACAAAAACUAUUUUAAAAAAAGAGACACAUGGUUCCUCUAUUCAGAUUAAGUUUUAAAUUGUGUAAUUUGUAUGGUCAGAAUCUUCUCUAUUCUAUUUCCCCUGUGGAAUCUGGGAUUCAAAUUUAGCAGUCCCUUCCCCAAGCAGUACUGUAAUGUGAAUGUAUUCAUCUCAGUCAACAGAAUGUGAGUGACUGUUAAAUGUGGAGCUCAUUUUAAUAUUCUUUUGGCUUACUUAGCAGAAUGUGCUCAGUUGAAACGAAGACAGAGAAUGAAACAAAACAGGUUAUGGAUAUGGAAGCACUGUAGUAGAACCACAUGAGAAAAGAAUUCUAUCCAGAAUCUCCUGGACAUGGAAAUGUUUCAGGGAAUGCUUGGAAUAUAAUUCUCAGUCUAUGUCUGUUCUGCAAGACAGAAAUAAAAUUUUCAGUGUGGGAACUCCUAGAUGCAUAUAAUCUUAAACUUUCCUGCCUGCUUUAUCUUCUUCCAAGUGCCUCAGCCUUUCACCUGCUUCCCCCAGCCUAUCUAGUCCCCAAACCAUCACCAGCCAUCUGCUUAGAGCCAUCAGCUCCUACUUGUCUUCAUCCUUCCAGAAAAUGACUUUGUUCUAUUAAAAUUCUGAAAUCCCCCCACCACCCAGAUAUCUUCUGUCUUCAUAUUUGUCCCACCAACCAGACUUUGUCCCAGACACCAUGCCUUGUCUUAGGAAACACCAGAAUAAACAUUCUGGACAUGUUAGUAAUGUAUCCUGACCCUACAGAUCCCAACCUGCCAAUAUUUCUCUUCUCCUCUACCUCAUCUCUGAAGAGAGUAUUAACCAUGAGUCUCCAGCAUUUUUGUGGAUUUACUUUUUAAAGAGGUAACCAGUUAUUCAGGAGUACAAAAUUUCAGGUUGAAUAUUUUUUUAAAAAAGAUUUUUAUCUUCUACUGAAGUAGGAAUCUUAUUCAUAUAUAACACAGAACUUGAAAUAUUUCAACAGUGCAGAAUUUUGAAGGGAUUUGAAGUCACCAUCCUACCUGGGGUCAAUAGUUGGGCAAAAACACUGAUAUUUAUACAAGUCAUUAGAAUAGGAAGAUAAAUUCUUUCCCCAUUCAUCCAGUUUACUAUGUUAUCUUUUGGAGAUUCAAGAAAUCCCCAUCUUUAAAAAUAUUUCCAAAAUUUGAUUUAUAACUUGUUUGUGUGGAAAGGAAAACACUUCUUCUCAUAGAAUUAUGGUGCUUAAAAUCUCAGGCUAUUUCACAAAAGAAUUCUUAACCCAUAAUGUAAAAUGCACACAUAGAAUCAGCAACAUAUUGUGUUAAAUGGAUUCAUUUGAGCUAUCCUGAGAAUUCAUAUUCUCCCUCUCUCUCUCUCUCUCUCCCUUCCUCCCUCCCUCAUAUUCUUUCUUCCUCUCCCUCUUCCUCCCUCCCUCAUAUUCUCCCUCUCCCUUCCCCCCUCACUCUCCCCUACAAAAAAAUUAAAUGAUACCAUUUUUCUAUGUGAAAAUGUGUUGUAUAACAAGAAUGUAGUGCUCUAUGAAAUGUUUCUUCUAUACCUAGGGCUUCAGGUGUCUUCAGGUGAUGUCAUCAACAAAGAUUCUGGCACUUAGGGCUCCUGAAGAGAGUCCUGCUGAAGUAUAGACUGGCCAUUUGUGUGUAAAGACAUUCCUAAAUGAGGUAGUCUCGGGAGUGCAUGGACAUUUAGUAAGCAGUGUGUUUACUAAGUGCCAGCCAGUAUGCUAGGCACUAGGGGACACAAAGAGAGAAACAAAACAGCCCCUGCCCUCAAAGAACUUAGAGUCUAUUUCAUAUGACUAUGUCUCACUUGCAGAUGAACAACACACAACUUUUUAUAGUAGAGAUAAAACAUGAUCCUGUGGUAAUCUUUGGAUGUUAUUCAUUCUCGGUAAGGAAGAACUCACUCUGACAAAAGUCAAAUAAGUCAAUCAGCAAACCUUUAUUAAGCACCUACUAUGUGCCCAGUACUGUACUAAGCAUAGACUUCAAGAGGCCAGGAACAAAUUGCUGGCCUAUUUAGGGAGAAAGAUUUAACAGUGACUAAGGAGCUUAGUUUUAUUAAAGCAGGUCAUAAGGUAUUUUAAACCUAUUACGGAUGUCCCACCAUGAAAUACAGAUUGAAGAAAACAAACAAAAGAGCCCAUAUUGUUGUGCUUUCAGUUCCUUUUCAGUGCCUGUGGAAAUCCUGGAAAUAGGACAGACUGUAAAAUGAAAUGGCCUUUAGAACAAAUAACUGUUUUACAGCUCAUAGGACACUUUGAGCAUUUGAAAAAUUUCCUGAUGGUGGAUUUAGUGCUGAAAUUUGACUCAAACUUUGGAGUUUCUUGUCCUUGUCAACUUAAUUCCUUGAAAGUGAAUGCACGGCAGAGCAUAUGUAAACACUACUUUGAAGGAGAAAGAUCUAUUUUCUAUAUUUCUAACAGGAAGUUUUACUCGUGAAGCCUGACUGGCUUCCCUGCACAUGUCAUGAAGCUUGCUAUUGAAGUUGGCUAGAGAUCUUUUCCUGAAUAAGGCUUCUUCAUACACUUAGAAUUGCACGUCAGAUUAAUUAGGCUAUUUUCUCCAUUUGGUUGAGAUGCCACAGUCAGGGAGAAGCAGGAGGUAGGGUGGAGAAGGAAUGACAGUUGGACAGCUAAGUGAACAAUUUUCGUUUGUAAUGUUGAGAAACAACUUCUUUGCUGAGUUUCACUGGUUCUGUCGAUUGUGUAAGUUAAAUGUUUAGUGAUAUUCUCAAAUGAAAAUAGGCUGGACUUUUGUACAAAAUCAUUUUGUGGUCACAAGAGAAAAAUGUGAUUUUUUUUUCCUCCUACCCGCCUCUGCUUUCUGUUGUUUCACAUUUCCUUAUUCCCUCUGCUACCCAAAAUAGGACAGUCACAGAAAGCAAACUACAUGGUGGUUAGGAAUUUUCCUUAUGCUAAUAGGACAGGCAAUCCACACACAGUCUCUACAAGGCAAAGAAACAAGUCUUGUAAACCUGGGCUGCUGCCUCAAUACUUGGAUUAACCUCUUAAAAACCUGAUAAUACUUUUCCUGAUCAUGGUAGAACUGGAUGUAUUCUGUAGCUUAUGAUAGGAUUUGAACUUGAAAUUCCUCUUGUUACUGAUUUUGCUGGACCAGCUACAAUAAUGAAUGUAUAUAUUAAGACUUUGUAGCUGAUAUGCAAAUCAAAAUCAGAUUGCCAACUUCUUGACUUUUGGUUUUAGACAUGGUUUUAUCCAGAAGUUGUGAGCAAUAGAUGUAGCAUGCUGUGAACGUCUAUUAUCUUAUAUUCUUUAAUUCAUCAGUAUUAAUACAAAUUAUCUUUUGUGUUCCUUGGUACUUUUUAUCCAAUGUAAUCAGAAGCUGUGAUGUUUUGCCUUUGUAGUCCUGUGCUUUGUUACUGUAAUGUUUAAAUUUGUUUUUAUGAAGCACGUGACUUUGGGCUAAUGUGAGGCAGAUGGUGUGAUCUCUAAGACUGCCAUAUUGUACUACAUAAGGUUUCAAAUUAGAAUAAGCUUUUAACAAAUAGACCAUUGAUGCGAUUUAGGACUCACACGUACAAUGUCAAACAUCAGUCAUAUUUAUAGUUUCACUUCCAAAAGUAGCAAACUUGAUAAACAGCCACUUUCAAAUUGCCCUAGGUUAAAAAAAAAAAAAAAAAGCCCUGCUAUACAUAAAGUUUAAUGUAGUAGUUAAUGAUAUGCCUUUACAAAUCCUGUGCCCACUACAUGAGUCAGCGGUUAAGUCAUUUUCUUAGGGGAACCAUGAGAGGUUUUUGCAUUACUAGUUGUUGCUUUUUUUUCUUAUGUUGCUGUUUUUGUAACUGACUAUAAACUGACAUGAACAGAUCAGUUGGAGUAUAAUAUUCUAGUGCUUUUAGUCUGAAUUUCUUUGGGGAAGAAUGGUAAUAUUAUUUGACCAGAUGCAGAAGGAACUGUUAGUGAGAGUCAAGACAAACAACAUUUUAAAUAAAGGAAUUGUGUAUUAACAUGUUAACAACAAUUCAUAAAUCUGCACUUUUUAUGACAUUUUGAAAUUCUAUUUAUAGGUACGGAACAAUGGGGUUUGUUAAACUGUAUCACAUUUAUACUUGCUGAAAUUUCUUUCAUUGUUAUUAGUAGGAAUUUUAUUGGUUCAAUAAAAUUGGCAAAACUGACCCCUGA